CCACCGCACAUCUUUCUCUGAUCCAACCGUCGAGUUACAACCUCUGCAGGCACGCAAAUCAAGGAAAAUAUUAAAGAUAAAUUCACCCUGAUUAGAAAUCCAGAUCACACCAACAUAAUCCGACUACGAUAAUGAAGUAGGUGUACGGACGACCCUAUUCUACCCACUUUGGUCCUUCAAAUUUUGGAGGCCACAUCGAAGAACACUAUUUGCCCGUAGAUAUUAUCUCAGGCGGUGCAAUGAAGGCCAUCAAGACUUCGCUGCCUGAAAAUCCAUGGGUUCUGAGGAGCCUGGUUGCAGGCAUUUUCCUUACGCUCGCCUUUAUUUCAGUGUUUUUGUUCUUGCAGGGCAAAGGAACAGGGGGACUUGGAUCUCUGAUUCAGUCAAACUGUAUUUCAGCGGAAGGAUGGCUUCCGCCACAGGUUUCCAGCGCCCUAUUGCACUACGCCACGACUACAAUUAUACCGCAGCAGAACAGGGCUGAGAUCCAGCUGUCAGUUAAUGUUCUGUCGAAGCGAAGCCCUUGUAAUUUUCUUGUCUUUGGCCUAGGCCAUGACAGCAGUCUCUGGAAUGCCCUGAACUUUAGGGGAAAAACUCUUUUUCUUGAGGAAGAUUCCAACUGGAUUAAAGAAGCUCUGAGGGGGCAUCCUCAGCUUGAAGGUAAGGCCUUUCAUGUUGAUUACCCUACGAAACUUUCGCAGGCGGAUGAGCUUCUGGCUUACUACAGAUCUGAGGCAGAGUCUAAAUGUAACCCUAGCAACGGGCUUAGGGUUUCUCAGUGUAAGCUUGCCCUUACUGAUUUGCCAGCCGAGAUCUAUGAGACGGAGUGGGAUGUUAUCAUGAUUGACGCCCCUAGAGGUUAUUUUGACGCUGCGCCGGGCAGAAUGACGGCCAUUUAUUCUGCGGCCGUCAUGGCUAGCAAUCGGAAGAAGGAAGGCGUCACAGAUGUGUAUUUGCAUGAUGUGAACAGAAGAGUGGAGAAAGUUUAUGCAGAAAAGUUUUUGUGUAAGAAGAAUCUGGUGGCAAGUUCUGGAAGGUUGUGGCACUUUCAGAUUGCGCCAGCAAAUGGUAGCUUCAAAGGCUUCUGCCAGUAGAUCUAGAUCUGUACUUUCUUUUCAUUUCCUUCACAGUUUAUUUGCCAUUUUGCUCGGAACUGUGUAAAUGCGGCAGCAGUCCAUUACCGUUCGGCUGGAUCGGUCAAAGUUUUAGUUAAACGGCUGAAAUUUCUGUUUUAAAUAAUUUAAGUUUCAAUAGGAUCCGAGAGUUAUAUUUGAAUAAUCUCUUUUGUAUGGAUCACAUUCUGUGAUCCGAAAUGAUAAGGAAAACUUAUAACAGGAAAAUUCUGUAUAAAUUUAGUGCCUUCAAUCGGAACUGAGAUCAGCAGACAUUCUUUGCGUA